UGGGAUUAAACAGCGUUCCUGACACUCGAGAUGAGAUGUUUCCAUCAUCCAUCAAUGGGAUUGUUGUUUUUCUUGUUCAGGCACAUGUUUUGAUCUGGCAUCAUCGUGCUUGAUCCAUAUCUUUUUCUCAAUCUCGCCAUUUCUGUGCCAGCCACGUCCCACCGCGUGGAUCGAUGGCAUCUCCAAGUUGAUCUAUUUCCCGACUUGUGCUAUGCCCUUUGUUGAAUCUGUCAUGGAUUGCUGUUUCGAAUAUAUCCAUGUUUCUAGGUCACUCUAGAGAUGAAUUCGCGCUUGGAUUUUGAAGCUUUUUUAGCUAUUCGCAAGAGCAGCCAGCGCUCUCCUUCGGGGCAGUAGUUGAAUCAUGGAUUUUCCCGGAGGAAACAUCACAAACAUUCGUGUCAUUGAUGGUUUCUCCAACAUCUACUGGAGAAUAUAUACGGAAGAACCGGGUAUCACAAAUUAUUCCGCUGAGACUCCAGCCAAUGGCUUUACGAUUCUCAAACAUCUAAGUCGUCUCAAGGAUAUUGAACUUCGCUUGAGAAACUUAGAUUGCCUUGCAUCAUGCUACCCUAGACGCCUUGGUCUAUGGGUUUUUUCCGCUACCCCCAAUUUUGAGGGCCUAAGCCCUUUAUGUCUUAACGAAAGCAAAGACGACUCAAGCAGACUACUCAUCGGCUCAACUACAUUGAAAGUUUCGGCAUCCGGGAACACCACAUCUCAGGAUCUGGUAAGAACUCUUUCAGCGGAACCCCAGCCCCCUAAUGGGGGUGCAGCUGGGCCACAGAGAGCUCAAAAUGCGCCAAAUUCGUCCAGACGCACAGAUGGCUAUGCAAACUUCGCGGCUAUCCAUGCAUCCUUCAUAUCUGCAGUCACCGGCGCAAUAAGUCUCCAGCUGAUUCGACGUCACAAUGCGAUCCCACUUGGCUCACGCACUCUUUUUACUGCCAUUGAAAUCGAUGGCUAUGAAAGCCCAAAGAUCAUUAAUGACAGCCCAGCUUCCAUUUCCUCCUUAACUACGGUUCAAAUUCAAUUGACUUCCGUCGGAAAAUUGACCGUCUCCUUACAAACCAUAGCCCAAGCUGGCAUUGCUCGACUCUAUAGCCCUAGAAACCAGCCUGCAGAGAUUGCCGAUGCUCAGUCCGGGAUGGAUCUUUGGCUAUCACCUAACGGAACUAUUGCCAGGCUUGUCAACUCCAAUACCAAUUUACAAAACUCUUCGCCCUUUCCUUCUGGCAUGUGGGGCACUAGUAGCGAGGGCUCUUUGGGUACAUCUGCAACAAAGCGCAAGCAAUGGAAAUUGAAUGUGUUAGAAUGGCUCGGGAACUCUGGACUACAAGUUAACUCCAUUGAAGACGAGCCAUGGGUUGAAGUUGAGGUUUGGGAGCCAUUCUAUGCUAGAUUAUCAGGAGAAAUUCUUCGACAGAAUGAGCAAAAUCCUUCUGUCCUCCCAUUGAAGCGUAUCCUUUGGCCAGCUAGAUAUUGCUUUAAGAGGACAAGGUCACCAACAGCACGACACACAAAUGAGACUCAAGAUUUUUGUCCUUUCGCCGACGAUCCCUUGGAAUUUGCAGAGAAAUGGUACGUAAUGGCCAUACCAGGAGAUGAAGCGAGCUUUAAACCUCAGAUCGGUCAUGAAGAACCACCAAAAGGCCAAGAAAUGUCGCCUUUUAGGAUUGAUCCUCCUGAUGGCAUAGAAAGUCUUUCUCGAAUUGCGCAUUACCCUGAUCUUCAGACCGCGAGCCUUGUUUACCCAACGCCACCAGAUGGGGCUGUUGCGGUAGGACCCAACAGUAUAAACCCAACGGAUGUAUUUGCUGAAGACCCGGAUUCAGGCUUAUCCCAAGUACAAAACCAGGUCAAGCAAAAUAUCCAUGAUCAAGUCUCUUCUAAACAUCGCCCUGGUUCUGAUCUGACGAUGGAUUUUGGUCCAGCAGCAGGACUUGUAGUUGGUUCCGGACUCUAUGACACCAACGAUGACGAUGACCUCUUUGGGGAAAUGAAUGAUAAAGACUUUGGGUCCAAAGGAAUAACCGACGCAGACUUCAGCUUUUUUGACGAUCCUGGGUUUGAUAUGGGAGGCGACACACUUGCUGGCGAUAUUCAAGAGGCGCCCAGCAUAGCCGUUGAUUUGGAGGAACCCAGAGCGCAGUCUACUGCCGAUGCCGAUAAUGAGUUGCCCGAGAUUCCUAUGGAAGAAAUCCCAGCGGAACCAGUCGAUGAAAUCCCGGCCAGUCCUAAGGACCUGGCGACUAAUCUUGACGACAAACAAAUUGCUUCAGAUUCAAAUGACCAUGGACCUUCGCCUCAGAAUGAAAACAGCCAGACGAUGAGCCCACCUCUAAGUCCUGUGGAGGUAAAAAAGAUCCUUUUCUCGGGAUCCAAUGAAAAUGACCCUUCAGUCAAGGAAGCCCGGAAACACAGCCAUUACAACCCCGUCAAUUUCCAGCAGAAUAUAGGCAACUGGAACCAGAAGUAUGGAGCAGAAGGCAAAUUCUGGUUCUCGGGUACAGAGAAGAGUGGUGCAGCGAACUCGACAAAUUCUACCAGCGACAUCCCAACCAUCGGGCUUCCUCAGCGCAGCGUAAAAGCCAAGGCCAUGGCCGAAAGUUCUUCUGGAACGAAUUCUCAUGAGACCCCGUCGAGUGGUUUAAAGCAAAGUUUACACUCAGAUUCUGAUUCAAAUAGUGAUUCAAGUGAUGAUAGCGAUGAGAUUAUCUCUGAAGGUGGUUUAUCUCCUAUCCCGGCCGCUUCUGCAACCCUCAAGAGGAAGCGUGCUGGUUCGAAUUCAGAGACAUCACAUGCCCUAUCCCCAGCAAGACCUCCAAUUGACGCGGGUCAAGACAUUAAUACAUCAAAGCUCGAAGAUUCUACCUUUCUGGGCAACUUUCUUUCUACAUUUUCCGACUGGUCAUUGACAGGCUAUUUUUCCGCAUCACAAGCUCAGAUCAUGCCCGUCCUUGUUCGCAAAGAUGAAUACAUCCAAAUUGCACAGCUAUUAGUGGACCAAGUCACGCAGUCCUCUCUCAACCAUAAACUUGAUGGACAAGUUGGUCUAUCUGAUCUCGAAACUGAGGCCUUUUCACUCCGAACUUUCCUUGAAGACACAGAUUUCAUAGGUGAAAUAGAAAGGUUGGACUUGAAGGGUUAUGUAUCGUUGCAAGACAUGAGCCCUUCGCCCCCAGCUUCCGACGGCACUAUUUCUCGUCAGACCCCUCAACGCAAAGAAACGACAAAGGGUUCUAUAUCAAGGCUAUCGGCGCCGCACUUGCGCAUCCGCCGCGAUAAGGACUAUUUGGAAGCUUUGCCACCAGCCAUUGCAUUUUGGGAAACAUUUGGUCUAGAACCUGCUCAUGGGAACAAGAAUAUCUCGGCAUAUUGCAUUCAUCCUCAUCCUGCAGCAGAUGCAGCAGACGCAUUCUUGGAGCGCCUUGGUUUACUUUACUCGAGCUGCAAUCUUGGCAAGCAUAUUCGCGGAGAUAGGUCAAAGCUCUUCGAACGCGGAUUGGCCUCCUGGAACACCAAAUCAUCUGGGAUAUCUGGUUAUCCUUCCGUGAUGCAGUCUCUCCGUAUUCUGUGCGAAGAACUUGGAACCGCUUUUUUGAGAAGUCCACCCAGCAAAGAUAACCUUGUCAUCUAUAUAAUCAAUCCCUUUACUCAUGCUGCAGCAUUGGCCGAUAUUUGCUCCGCUUUCUGGCAACUAUUCCAGAGAUAUGUCGCUGAUGCCGAUAAAACCCAGGCACAGCAGCUUGAUGAAAUAGUGUUACAGGUUAUUCCUCUGGGCUUUGUCAUGUCAUCUGAAUCCAUUGUGGUGCCCUCUCAGUCAGAAUACUUGAGCUUGGCUUUGGAGGUAUACAGUCGAUGUCCGCCGGAUGGCUCGGGGGCCAGUUUGGUAAACUGUGCACCUCCUGUACUUCUCGCAGAACCAUUGCCAAGAUCAAUAAAUUUCAAACUUGCUUCCGAAAGACUAUCACCAUUGCAGGAAGCAAGGUGUCUCCAUGUGGCCUGCUCCAGGAGCUUGGAUCAGCGUUGGAUUACCGUGGCCUGGUCCGAUAACACCGGGUCACUCCAGCGGACUAUGUCUUAUUGUCUACGCUUUCGGAAUUCCAAUGCUUCUAGGAAUGUUCUCGAGAUGCGCGGUGAAAUUUGGAGCGCCACAAAGAGUAUCUUGGACAAAAUCCAAGCCAGGUGGAGGGUCGUCAUUGUAAAUACCGAACCUAUUGAUCAAGAAGAAGUUGACACAUGGAUGAAUCUGGCCGAACAAUACAACAAAACAAGGCCAGUCCCAUUGGAAUUGACGAUGCUGAACGUCAACACCACACCUGACCUCUACCUUGAGCCCCCACUCAUGCCAAUGCCGAUGAGCGUCUUCAAUCAGCAAGUGUCCUCGACACCUGUUGCUACACCCAAUCCAAGCGUUGCAUCGCCGGAUCAAUCCGCAGCAACACCUACCGGCAGCGGAGCACCUGCGAACGCCCCUACGCCGAUAGAUUAUCCUUUCGAAGCGGAAACCGAGUCACUACUCACUGACGUAUACGAUGAAUCGUGGGGAGUUGUGUUGUCCCACCGUCUCAAUAGUUCCCCGCACUUGACGGAAUACCGCCCCGCACUGGCCAGUGGGUAUCUCCUUCGCCGAAAGGGUCCCACCGAUGGCGACGGCGUUCUUCCAAUGAACGUGAAUUUGAUAUAUACCCAGCGACCAUCAUCAUCACACGAAUCGCUUCUCAGAGAGAUACUCGGGAUGUACCGCGGUCUGUCCACUCUUGCCCGGGCCAGAGGAACGCGGAAUGUGCAGCGAAACACAUUGCCUUGGCACAUUGCCACUGCCAUCAGGGCACAAGAACUUUUGAGCUAUGUUCUAUGAUUUUUGUAGUAUGGGAGCGGAUGUCCUUAUGGUGGUCAUGCGGCGUUUGGGAUAUGGCUUUUCUUUCCAUUCGAUGUAUAGAAGUGUUUAUUUUGUCGCCUUUUCCAAGGCUUGAUAUACCAUUACGCAAGCAUGUCUCUUGUUUUUAUUAUUACUUUCUUGUUUAGUCUUU